AUGUUUAAAACAUUACGACGCCUUCAUGGUUACAAUUUGGAGAAUCGUGGUUUGAACGAUCUCUCUGAAACAUUUCAGAAUUUUGUUACACGUGCCAGAUUCUUCAGUAUUGGGCGAUUAAGACGUACGUGGUCUCAUUCGGCAGUCGAAUUUUUGAAAUAUCGACGUUUAUUGCCGAUGCUCACUUCCGAUGAACAAGCAAUUAAUACCGUUGAUUGUAUGAAUUUUUUGCUAGAUCUACCAGUUUCAAUUUGUUUUAUACCAUCAGAAGAACGCCAUAGUUCACCCUAUGCUACAUUGCCGAAAAAACCUCGAUCGAACUUAACCGCCUACAUCACUUUCCAAAGUAUGGAGGGUGUGGAACGGGCAAGAAAUGCAGCUCCAGAUGAACUGAGAUUUUAUGACCAGGUGAUGUCGAUAUCACAAUUAUCAGUCAAGAAGAAGAAUAUCAUGGAUUCGAUUGAGAAGACAGAUACCUAUUCAGGCUCAAAUGAUCUUUCGAACAAUGUAACAGUUGCAUCGCGAAGCACAACAUUAUGUACAUUAGCAGACGUUGCAUCGUUGUUUGCAAAUCGACUAUCACUGUCAGUACUGCCGGCAAGAGUACUUACGUUGAUCUUAUCUUUCUUGCCACCAAUGGAUCGAAUUCGAUUAGAAAGAGUAAGCAAAAGCUUUCUGGAAUCAUCCAUUGAGGCACUUUUAUCUCGUUGUGGUGUACAUCUGAAGUGUUUGGAUUUAUCCGGAGUGGUAAAUUUAUCGGGACUCGGUGGUCACUGGCAAACAGUGCGUACGUUCGGUGAGCCACUGACGAAUUUACGUUCUGUUACAUAUAGAGAUAUGGUAGAUGUGAGUGAUAAGACAAUGUGGUAUUUGUUUAAGCCAUUAGGUAUGAAUAUGCAUGUAGUUGAUCUUCGGGGUUGUCGACGAUUCAAAGGUCGUUGCUUUCGGCUCUUUGGAGAUUCUCUAGAAAAGAUUUUGCUUGAUGGUUGUUGUCGUCUAGACAAGCAAUCACUGGAAGAAUUGUGUCUUAAUUCACCGAAUAUUACUGAACUUCGGUUAAGUUCCUGUCAGUUGGUUUCCGAUGAUAUACUCAGUUUGAUAUCGAGGAGCUUGACCUAUUUAAAGUCGUUUGCUUUAUGUGGCGAUUAUUUCCCGAACUUAACUUCAAAUGGUCUAUUAGCUCUGUUACGGCUGCAUUCUCUGUGUGAACUCUCAUUAGAUUACAAUUCAGCGGUAUCGGAUGAAGUGUUGGCAGAAAUAACUGAUAAUCUUCCGCAUCUGCACCUUCUCAGUCUGGCGUAUGCUGGCUCGGAUACAACGAUAACUGAAGAAGGUGUUAUGAAGAUUGGAAAAUUAAAGGGACUUCAAACACUUAAUGUUAGCUCACUAGCAGCAAUAACAGAUAGAUCUUUGUCGGCAAUUGUUUGCGGUUGUUCAAUGCUACAAACUAUUUCCUUUCGUUGUUGCACAUAUUUAAGUGGUGAAGGUGUUUGCUCGUUAACGACGCUGAAAAAUUUGGAGCAUAUUGAUCUUAGUGGAUGUCUUCUUGUAACUUCAACUGCCAUCCAGGCGUUACUCGAUGCUUUCCCAAUGCUUGAUAAUUCUCAAACAUUGAAGAUGAUCACAGUGGUUAUUGGAGGAACGAUAUGUAAUAUUCAAUCAUUACGCAUACGUAAUAGUCGUGUGGUAUUAGAUACAAGCGAUUAUAGUGUUUCAUGUAGUGAUACAGAAGAACUUUUUUCAAUUUCUCAUGGAUUUCUUGAUAGGAAGAAUAACCUGAGUGAAAGUUCAUCAGACGACGAAUUCGAUGCAUUGACCACUCAUCGUUCGUUUAUAAUAGAUGCGUUGCGUGAUGUGGAAGAUGAUUCACCACUAGAAACGCAACAAUCGAUUGAUGAAUGGGCCGAACGUGAAGCUCUCGAUUUAGGCCUUAUAAAAGUAGAAAGUAUUCAUUUUAUUCAUUAUUCGUAG